CGCCGUGCAAGUCUGUUCCCAGCUAGCAUCAGCCUGGGUCUGAGUGCUUGAAGGAAUUGUUUUCCCAAAUAUCUUGAGCAGAGAACAGAGUUUUGUUUCCAAGGAAGCUGCAUGGGCCCACUGCCCCUUGGUGUUCAUCACACCUGCCAGAUAACCUACCAGGAGCGCAAGGCUCUCUGUGUGAUCUGCCCCUCCCCUUUUAACCCUCACAACAACCCUGAGAUGCACGCUCCCUCGGCGGACACUGCUGCACCGACUGUGUAAAGGGCUGGCUGAGCCAUGUCGCAGAUGCUGCACAUAGAGAUCCCCAACUUCGGGAACAUGGUCUUGGGCUCCCUGAACGAGCAGCGGCUCCUCGGGCUGUACUGCGACGUCUCCAUCGUGGUCAAGGGGCAGGCCUUCAAGGCCCACCGCGCCGUCCUGGCCGCCAGCAGCCUCUACUUCCGGGACUUGUUCAGCGGCAACAGCAAGAGCGCCUUCGAGCUGCCGGGCUCCGUGCCGCCAGCCUGCUUCCAGCAGAUCCUCUCCUUCUGCUACACCGGCAAGCUGACCAUGGCGGCCAGCGAGCAGCUGGUGGUGAUGUACACGGCCGGCUUCCUGCAGAUCCAGCACAUCGUCGAGAAAGGCACGGACCUGAUGUUCAAAGUCAGCUCGCCGCACUGUGACUCCCAGACAGCCACCGCGGAGGAGCCCAGCUCGGAGCCACAGAGCCCCUGCCACCCGCUGCCGCCGGCCACCGCCCCCUACGCCGCCUCCCCCUCCGUGCCCAUCCCGCUGCUCGCGCGGGUCAAGCACGAGCACCUGGAGCUGCCGGCGGUGGCGGCAGGACUGGCCGCCAAGCGGUCGCUGGAGGGGGGCUUCCGGGAGGGGGCGGGGGGCUCCGGCUCCUCCUCCUCCAGCGGGGGCCCCCUCAAGCUCUCCCGCGUGUCCUACUACGGGGUGCCCAGCCUCGCCACGCUCGUGCCAAGCAUGCCGCAGCCCCAGUACGCGCAGGGGGAGCGGACGAGCCCGGGGGCCAGCAGCAUCCCGACCACCGACAGCCCCACGUCGUACCACAACGAGGAGGACGAGGAGGAGGACGAGGCCUACGACACCAUGGCCGAGGAGCAGUACGGGCAGAUGUACAUCAAGUCGACCGGAGGCUAUGCAGUGCCGCAGGAGAAGCCGGAGCAGGUGCCCCUGGAAAGCCGCUCCUGCGUCCUCAUCCGGCGUGACUUAGUCGCCCUUCCGGCGAGUCUGAUCAGCCAGAUCGGCUAUCGGUGCCAUCCCAAACUCUACUCAGAAGGAGAUCCUGGAGAAAAACUUGAACUUGUUGCAGGCUCUGGUGUUUACAUCACCCGAGGGCAACUGAUGAACUGCCAUUUGUGUGCAGGUGUGAAACACAAAGUCCUCUUGCGGCGCCUUCUGGCAACGUUCUUUGACAGGAACACGCUGGCCAACAGCUGCGGAACAGGAAUCCGGUCGUCCACCAGCGACCCCAGCAGGAAGCCCCUGGACAGUCGUGUGCUUAACGCUGUGAAGUUAUAUUGUCAGAAUUUUGCUCCAAGCUUCAAGGAGAGCGAGAUGAACGUCAUCGCGGCUGACAUGUGCACGAACGCCCGCCGGGUUCGCAAGCGCUGGCUCCCAAAGAUCAAGUCCAUGCUGCCGGAAGGGGUGGAGAUGUACCGCUCCGUCAUGGGCUCUGCCGCCAGCGCCGUGCCCCUGGACCCCGAAUUCCAGCCUUCCGCUGCUCAGAUGUUUGAGCAGCGCAUCUAUGCAGAGCGGAGGAGCGAUUCCGGGACAGUGGUGGCCCUGAGAACUAACACCAUAACGGUUGAGCAGAGCAGUGGGUCCAGCCAGUUGUUUGACCCGAACGAGGAAGCCGAAGGGCCCGGCUCGGUCAUCCAGGAGUCGGCUGGCCCGGAAGCACCGGCAUCCAGUGGCCAGAGCCCUGCACAGCCCUUCGAAGAAGGCCCUGGCUCUGCCAGCCGGCCGGAAACGCCUGCGAGAGGGCAGGAGGGGACCUACGGGGGGACUUUGUGAAAAGGGAUGGGGUGGCUUUGGCGCCGGCCAGCGAGGGAUCCAUAAUACUAAAGCUGCUUGCAUGCAUUAUUAAUACAGAAAACGAAACGAAAAUGUGAUCAAACCAUUUACCUACUGAACUGCUACUGUUGCCUGAGAAAAAUGUGAUUUUUAUUCUG